AGGAAGGGGGGGAGGUGUUCCGGUUUGGGAGGUUGGAUGCCACAAGGGGGUGAGUGCAUGAGACGGUGCCAGUGUCAGCAUUCGGCCGAGCAAUCUUGCCGAGCGAAUGCGUGGCAUGCUGUCGACGGUGAUUUCGGUGAAAUUUGCUCCCUCCAUCUGGUCGAUGCUGGGAUGGGGUAGCGGAAAGCCUGGACUGUCCUCACCUUUCUCUCUCUCCAACCCCCCUCUUCCCUUCCCCCUCACGAACCAGGGCCAGGGUUCGAGGCCGCUGUCCAAUGCUUUGCUGGUCGCGGUCGCAAUCGCGUGGAAAGUGCCCUUCGUUUCGUUCCUAACCAGAGCAACAUGCGUUUAUUUUCUUGGCUCGACCACUGUCUUGGUGGAUCUUCAGCAUCCCAUCUUCUUGUUACUGCAGCUGCAGUCGUUACCCGGAAUUGCUUCGGGGCCAUGCGCUGCGAUUGAGUGGGGUUCUGACCAGCCAGCACAUGGCUGGCAGCACUGUCUUUUGUACAUUAUUUGCAAUGCGUAUGGCCGGGCGAAGGGUGCGCAUCAGACCAAGAACGUAUCAUGCCUGGCCCUCCAGCGGAGGCAUGCAAAGGCAUCUGCGGAUUCCAAGGAGGGUGUCUCCAUACUAAGUUAGCAUGCAAAACAUACGCAGAGAGGCUGUCUUAAUAAGGGGGCACACCCCAACCAGUGAGAGGGAGGAAAUGACGGUGAAGCACCACUGCCAAGCAGAGCU